CUGGCCGUGCCCGAGACACCAUCAGCUAAAUUUGGGAGAUUAUGUUCAACCGGGCCUGGGAUCGGGUUGCCGGGUCACAUGGUGGGGCUGUAUUUAACACGAGGCGUCCGAGACCCCCCUGCUCUGUCCGCUGCCUGCAGAGCUGUGCUUCCCCGGCCUCUGACCGUCAUGUUCUUGGUCCUCGUAGCCACCCCGGAGCUGAAGGACUUCUUUGCCAAGGCUCGGAACGGAUCCAUCAGGCUCAUCAAAGUCGUCAUCGAGGAUGAACAGCUCGUGCUGGGUGCCUUCAGGGAGCCAGCCCAGGGAUGGGAACAAGACUACGACGCUGCCGUCCUGCCUCUGCUCGAUGAGGGCCAGCCCUGCUACAUCCUGUACCGGCUAGACUCCCACAAUGCCCAGGGUUUCCAGUGGAUUUUCAUUGCCUGGUCCCCUGACAGCUCUCCGGUCCGGCUAAAGAUGCUUUAUGCAGCCACGAGAGCAACGGUGAAGAAAGAAUUUGGUGGAGGCCAUAUCAAGGAUGAACUCUUUGGGACGGUGAAGGAUGACCUCUCCUUCAGCGGCUACCAGAAACACGUGUCGUCCUGCGCCGCCCCGGCCCCGCUGACCAUGGCAGAGAGGGAGCUCCAGCAGAUCCGCAUCAAUGAGGUGAAAACAGAGAUCAGUGUGGAGAGUAAGCACCAGACCCUGCAGGGCCUCGCCUUCCCCCUCCAGCCGGAGGCCCAGCAGGCCAUUGCGCUGCUAAAACAGAAGAAAGUCAACUAUGUCCAGCUGAAACUGGACCUGGAACGAGAAACCAUUGAGCUGGUACACACAAACCCCACGGAGGUGGCGGAUCUGCCCAAGAGAGUGCCCCAGGACUCUGCCCGCUAUCACUUCUUCCUCUACAAGCAUUCACAUGAGGGCGACUACCUGGAGUCUGUGGUGUUCAUCUACUCUAUGCCCGGGUACAAGUGUAGCAUCAAGGAACGGAUGCUCUACUCCAGCUGUAAGAGUCGCCUCCUGGACUCUGUGGAACAGGAUUUCCAGCUGGAGAUCACCAAGAAGAUGGAGAUCGACGAUGGGGCGGAGCUGACGGCCGAGUUCCUGUAUGAUGAAGUCCAUCCCAAACAACAUGCCUUCAAGCAGGCCUUUGCCAAGCCCAAAGGCCCCGUGGGCAAAAGGGGCCAGAAGCGGCUCAUCCGGGGCCCGGGCGAGAAUGGGGACGAGAGCUAGGCGAGGGCCCGGCCCUCCUGUCCCGUCUUCGGCCGCAGGCUGAGCCCGAGUGGGCCGAGAACUGUUCGGUGUCCUGAAUUGCAGUGACCUGGGCUCUGGCCCCUGGAGAGACCCCUCCGCCUCCCCCAGGAGUUUCUGUGUGUUUGUUCUCUUUCUCCCCCCUUCUCCCUCUUCCUGCCUCCUUCGCUCUCUCAGGGUGUCUCCCAGACGUGUGAGUUCCUGUCAGCCCCUGCUUCACCGGCUCCCCCAGAGUUAACCCCGUCCACAUUUCCACCCCGCCGUCUCCGGCCCUCCCCCCCCCCCCCCAGCUCUGCACCAUUUCGCAGUCCUUCGGACCCUUCCCCAUUUGGUGAGCCCGGUCCCCCUCGCACACGCAGUCCCUCUGCUGGCCGGUUCAGGGGGGCCGGGCAGGCUUCUUUUUGAGGUGGGGGCAGCAUCCCUGGACGGGAGGAGACAGGCAGAGGCUGGGACGUGGGAAUGGGCUGCACUGGGGUGAGGAGCAGCGACCUUUAGCUGGGACCUGAACCUGCCUCUACCCUCCAAGUGCCCCCGGGAUGGCACGGGAAUUCCGGGUGUGGUGGUGGAAGCUCAGCGCCUGAAGGGAUGGGGGGGCUGAGGGUGCAGGACUUCCUGUACUGAAUGCUGUAUUUUCUAAGGAAUAUUAAAGUAUUUUUAAAUCAA